AUCAUUUGCAGCCUGCCUUUCAUUUUUUUCGAUCUAUAACAGCAACGUCGAAGAAACAAAGAGAAAGAGAGAGCGUUUUUGUGUGUCUGAACAGAGAGAAAGAAAGAAAAUUUGAGUGUUUAGAGUGAAGGAAAGAAGAUGAGAGAAAUAAUUAGCAUACACAUAGGGCAAGCAGGGAUUCAAGUAGGCAAUGCUUGUUGGGAGCUUUACUGUCUUGAACAUGGCAUCCAGCCAGAUGGAGUGAUGCCUAGUGACGCUUCAGUGGGUGUUGCACACGAUGCAUUCAAUACUUUCUUCAGUGAGACUGGUUCUGGAAAACAUGUGCCUAGAGCUAUUUUCCUUGACUUGGAACCAACUGUUAUUGAUGAAGUUAGGACUGGAACUUAUCGGCAACUUUUCCACCCUGAACAACUUAUUUCUGGAAAAGAAGAUGCUGCGAAUAAUUUUGCUAGAGGACACUAUACAGUUGGGAAGGAAAUUGUGGAUCUCUGCCUUGAUCGAGUGAGGAAGUUGGCUGAUAACUGCACUGGCUUACAAGGGUUUUUAGUGUUUAGUGCUGUUGGCGGUGGAACAGGUUCUGGUUUGGGGUCUUUGCUGUUAGAACGCUUGUCUGUUGAUUACGGAAAGAAGUCAAAGCUUGGAUUCACCAUUUAUCCUUCUCCUCAGGUUUCAACGGCAGUCGUGGAGCCUUACAACAGUGUACUCUCUACUCAUGCCCUUCUUGAGCACACAGACGUGACAGUGCUUUUGGAUAAUGAAGCUAUAUAUGACAUUUGCCGAAGAUCCUUGGAUAUUGAAAGACCCACAUACACAAAUUUGAACCGAUUGAUAUCUCAAAUCAUAUCAUCCUUGACAACUUCGUUGAGGUUUGAUGGAGCCAUAAACGUAGACAUUACAGAGUUCCAGACCAACCUUGUUCCUUAUCCCCGUAUCCAUUUCAUGCUUUCUUCAUAUGCCCCUGUCAUAUCAGCCGAAAAGGCAUACCAUGAGCAGUUGUCAGUUCCAGAGAUCACUAAUGCUGUCUUUGAGCCUGCAAGCAUGAUGGCUAAGUGUGAUCCUAGGCAUGGGAAAUACAUGGCCUGCUGUUUGAUGUACCGAGGAGAUGUUGUUCCAAAGGAUGUCAAUGCUGCUGUGGCCACUAUCAAAACCAAAAGGACUGUUCAGUUUGUUGACUGGUGUCCAACUGGCUUCAAAUGUGGUAUUAACUAUCAGCCACCUACUGUAGUACCUGGGGGUGAUCUCGCCAAGGUUCAGCGUGCUGUUUGCAUGAUCAGCAACAACACAGCUGUGGCUGAGGUGUUCUCUCGCAUUGACCACAAAUUUGAUCUCAUGUACUCCAAGAGGGCAUUUGUUCACUGGUAUGUUGGUGAAGGCAUGGAAGAGGGGGAAUUCUCAGAAGCUCGUGAAGAUUUGGCUGCCCUUGAGAAGGAUUACGAGGAAGUUGGUGCUGAAGGUGUAGAUGAUGAAGAAGACAAUGAAGAUUACGAAUAAGUAAUUACCAACCAGCAAUCGAGAAGGACCGUGAGGGUCUGGCCACCAACCCUCCCCUUCUUGCUUCGCAGCUGUUAUGUUUGUGAUUUGUGGCACUGCUAUCCUUCAGUAAAACAGUUAAAAAUAUUUCUUAUUUAAUGUGUUUUUAUGGUUUCGAGUUCGACAUUUUUUUGGUUGUUGAAAGAGUUCGACAUUUCAGAAUGAAGGUAUUCGUCAUUUCUGCGUU